UUGUGUCCUGCACAUUCGUCUCUCUCUGAGUCCGGCCCGCAUUGGGGGGGUAACAGACUAGAAGUGCGUCCCUGUGCUCCGGUGCAGUCCGGUUCGCUAGUGUUGUCCCGCUGCUUGCAAAGCACCAACUCAGCUCUGCAGACAUGACACCUGUCCUCCAAAUAUGUGCUGUCAUCUUCGCAUCAGCGCUCCUGCAAACUGCGACACCAACCCGCAUCAAUGGCUCUAUUUUUGCAGUGACUGUGAGCUCCCGUAUGACAGGAGGUAAACAGGAGACCCUGUGUGCCCAGAUGCACGGCGUCUCACUGCCCACCACCAUGAACGUCUCCCUUGAAAUGGGCUCUACCACGACCAUGAUCCUACAAGAGAAUGUCUUACAGGACUUUUACCGCUGCAUAAACUUCCAGGUCCCUGUGGUGCUCAGCAGAAUCGUGGCAACAAUUCGUGUCGCUAUUCAGGGCCAGGUCAUGGGCAUGGUCGACAGUACCAAAGUUGCCAUUGAGCCUCCUACUUUUAUCCAUAUCAUUCAGACCGAUAAACCCAUCUACAAGCCUGGACAGACUGUCCAGUUUAGAAUUGUCUCCAUGGAUACCAAUUUCAUCCCUGUAGCUCGAGUGUACAAAGUGGUGGAGCUCCAGGAUCCCAAUUCAAAUCGCAUUGCCCAAUGGUUGAAUAAGCCCAUUGUUAGCGGCAUCCUUGAUCUUUCCCACCCCAUGAUUCCUGAGGCAGUACAAGGAAGCUACACGAUCACUGCCUCAACGGACAAGGGAGAGCAAAUAUCCCACAGCUUUGACAUCAAGGAAUACGUUUUGCCAAAGUAUGAGGUAAAGAUUCACCUGCCCAGUGUGAUAACCAUCCUGGACAAAGAGGCAACGCUAAAGAUUUGUGGAAAAUACACCUAUGGAAAACCAGUUCUUGGUUCAGUCAAAGCAGUAUUUUGUAGAAAUGCCUUCCGGUUUUACUGGUAUUCAAGUGCCCAAGAAAAUGAUCUCUGCAAGACUUAUGAAAUGAUUACGGAUAAAAGUGGUUGUGCUACACAAACUGUAAACGUGACACAGUUUGCCCUCAACAAGAACAUGUAUGAAGACAGUUUUGAGGUGAAUGCUGAAAUAGAAGAAUAUGGCACAGGGGUCAUUAUUAAAGGCAGUGCGCAGACCAGCUUCAACAGUCACAUCAGGACGGUCACCUUUGAGGAUGUACCUGCAGCGUACAAGCCUGGCAUUCCAUUUGAAGGAAAGGUCAAAGUGAUCGGACCAGACAAUAAACCUGUUGCCAACGAACCAGUGUACCUGUUUGCUGGUGAAUCAGAAAGUAUAACCCUCACUACAGGCACGAAUGGCAUGGCUUUGUUUUCUCUAAACACCUCCCAGUGGAAGGACACUGUGACUCUGAAGGCGAGGUCUACAGAGACGGAAGAGACCGAACCAUAUGUGCGCAAUUUGCGCAGACCAGAGUACAGGUCGGCCCACCGCCUCGUCACAGUGUUUUACUCCAAGAGCAGUAGUUUUUUGAAGCUCAUGCACAUCAACAGGAAGCUCUCCUGCGACAGUGAUACAGCCAUACGCGCUCAGUACAUCAUCCAGGGAGAGGAGCUUAAGAAGGGACAGGAAGUCCUUGACUUCUUUUAUCUGGUGAUGUCCAGAGGUGCAAUUGCGCAGCACGGCCAUGUUCCAGUGGCUGUUCAAGAGGGAACUGUCAACAAAGGAGAGUUGUCCGUACCACUCCAACAGGUGACAAACCUGGCACCCUUUGCCCAGGUGGUAGUUUACACUGUGAUGCCCAGUGGAGAGGCUGUGGGUGACAGCCAGGACUUCCCCAUUCAGCUCUGCCUCAAUAACAAGGUGUCUCUGAAGUUCUCCUCUGUCCAGCAGCUCCCAGCAGAGACGUCCACACUUACUCUCCAGGCUCACCCAGGCUCCUUGUGUUCUGUCAGAGCCAUCGACCAGAGUGUCCUCCUGCUGCAGCCAGAGCAGGAGCUCACUGUCGACUAUGUAUACAGUAAGCUGCCUUUAGAGAAGUUGUCAGGAUACAGCUAUGACACUGAAGACACUGAGCCAUAUCCCUGCUUCCCUGUGCCAAGGCCAGAGCCUGAACUUGAAUCAGGACCAGACCCAGAGCCUGAACCAGAACCAGAACUAGAACCAGAGCCAGAAACAGACGUUAUCGUUAAUGUGCAGGCAACUCGUCGAGUAAAGCGCUCAGUCUACUUUGGACAGGGCAAUCAGAAGAACGAUGUCUACAGCAUCUUUAAGGAAAUUGGAAUCAAAAUUGUGACAAACUCCGAUGUGAAAAAACCUUAUAACUGCCACGAAAGGAGAUUUGAUACAUAUUAUUAUGAUAUGGGUACGUCUGAUGAUCUCGUAGACUCCCCUGUUCCCAUGGCCUUCAACAUGAUGCCACAGAGUUCAGGUGUUUCACUGAAAGGUAAAGAUGAGGAGAAGAAGGAAACCGUCAGGACAUUCUUCCCUGAGACCUGGAUCUGGGACCUAGUUACUGUGGGAGACAGUGGGUCAGCCAAUGUGGAGAAGACAGUCCCUGACACCAUCACUAAAUGGGCAGCCGGAGCUUUCUGCGUCUCCUCUGUGGGCUUUGGCGUGUCGCCUAACGUUGGACUCACUGCCUUCCAGCCGUUCUUUGUCAGUCUCACCUUGCCCUACUCCGUCAUCCGAGGGGAGGUCUUUACACUCAAAGCCACCGUCUUCAACUACCUCUCCAAGUGCAUCAUGGUGACUGUAACACUGGCUGAUUCAAAAGACUUCACCUUCAGAAACUGUGAUGGCUGCCAGUACAGUGUGUGUCUGUGUGGAGAGGAGAGCAGGACCUUCUCCUGGAUUGUUACUCCAACCACCCUCGGUGAGGUGAAUCUGAAGGUCAGCGCUGAGGCCCUGAAGACUGACGUACUGUGUGGCAACGAGGUGGCCACCGUCCCUGACACUGGCCGAAUCGACACAGUGGUCCGCACCCUGCUGGUGCAGGCUGAAGGAACACCACAGAUGGUCAGUCACAACGCUCUCCUCUGCCCUGCAGAGGGGCCGGUGGAGAAGAAGAUCUCACUUCUGAUGCCUGAGAUGUUUGUGGUUGGAUCAGCCAGGGCCUCUGUCUCUGUACUUGGUGAUCUGAUGGGCCGAGCCAUGAAGAACCUGGACAAGCUCCUGGCCAUGCCGUACGGCUGUGGGGAGCAGAACAUGGUGCUGUUUGCACCUAACAUCUUCAUCCUGAACUACCUGAAGAGCACUGGUCAGCUUACCCCGGAGAUUCAGAACAAGGCUAUAGGCUUCCUGGAGAGCGGAUAUCAGAGAGAGCUCAAAUACAAGCACGAUGACGGUUCCUACAGUGCCUUUGGAAAGAGUGACGUGUCCGGAAACACCUGGCUGACCGCGUUUGUGAUGAAGUCCUUUGGUGGGGCGAGACCAUACAUUUUUGUGCAGCCCAAACACAUCAAAGAUGCAAGGAGGUGGUUGUCAAAACACCAGCGACCUGAUGGCUGCAUCAGAUCUGUUGGAAAACUAUUCAACAAUGGCAUGAAGGGAGGAGUGAGCGACGACGUCUCCCUGACAGCCUACAUCACUGCCGCCAUGCUCGAGCUGGAUGCCAACGUCACGGAUCCCAUAGUACAGAGGUGUCUGAGCUGUCUGAAGGAAGCUGUGGCCAGACAAAUGGACAACCUGUACACCACUGCCCUGCUGUCAUACACCUUCACUCUGGCUGGAGACGAGGACAUGAGGAGCAAACUCAUCACAAACCUGCACCAGAGGUCUAACACACAGGGGGGCGCCCGUCACUGGGACAGAGCAGGGGCCUCUGAGGAAGGCCUGGACUCUCUGGAGGUGGAGAUGACCUCCUAUGUGCUGCUGGCUCUGCUCUCUGGUCCAGCCAUGCCAGACUUUGGUUUGGACUACGCCUCUGGCAUCGUUCGCUGGCUGGCUCAGCAGCAGAACCCAUAUGGUGGCUUCUCUUCCACACAGGACACGGUGGUGGCCCUCCAGGCCCUGGCUAAGUAUGGAGCUGCCACCUACAGUGUGGAGGGCAACACUGCAGUGACAGUCACGUCAUUAGGAGGCCUGAACAAAGAGUUCACGGUGGAUCAGAGCAACAGGCUGCUGUACCAGGAGGAGAAGCUGACUGAGAUCCCCGGAGAGUACACUAUCAAAGCCGAGGGACAGAGCUGUGUGAUGGCACAGAUCUCCAUGCAUUACAACGUCCCCCCUCCCCCAGACUUCACUGCCUUCAACAUCACCAGUAACACCAUGGCCAAGUGUAAUAUCAGCAGGCCUCAACUCAUCCUCUUUGUGCAUGUCAGGUACCAGGGCAGGAGAGAGGAAACCAACAUGGUGAUCAUCAACAUCAAACUGUUGUCUGGCUACAUUCUGGACGAGAGCUCCCUGAACCUGCUUAAGAGGGACUCCUCAGUGAAACGUGUGGACGUGGAGGAAGGAUUCAUCAACAUCUACUUAGACGGGCUGAAGAAGGAUGAGACAAAGAUAUACAGUGUGACAAUAGAGGAGGAUCAGCCUGUCAGGAACCUGAAACCAGCUGUGGUCAAAGUCUACGAUUAUUACCAGACAAGUGACGAGGCAGUAACUGACUACACAUCCCCCUGUGCAGAGAGUGACAGCAUCAACGAGCUGUAAAAAAUCAGUUUGGGAAAUCCUGCAAAGUCCCGACGGGACUUCUGUCAGUUAGAAGAAUCACUGUGCUAAAGAAAGAAACUUCUAGAUGUUUAUUUUCUUAGUGUUUCUUUAAUGUUUUUUUGUUUGUUUUGGUUUUUUUUUUUACUCCUUUUAAACUUUUUUAGCUGUUUCAUGGAGUGAAUCCCACUUUUGUGUAAUUUUAGGAACAAAUUUUGACUUUUUUUUUUUUCUGUUUUUGUUUUGCUUCCUGUUACUUGGUGUAGGCUUGUUCACGUUUUCAAAUGAUAACUGUUAGUGAUGAACAGAUGAUCAGUUACUGAGCAGCAGCUGCUGCUGCCUCUCCUCAACACUGGAGCCUUCACAUUAUAACCCGCUGAACUGAAGAAAGACAGAGCUCUGUAACAGUUUUGUUUUUAAUAGAUUUGACAAAAUCCAUAUUAUUCAUACCUGAAAGUGACGCAUGAGACGUACAGGGUACCAAUAACACAGUAUGGUCCAAGUAUUGAUUCUGAGUGUGUGUGUCUGUGUGUGUGCGUGUAUACGUGUGUGUGUGUGUGUGUGUAUGAAACAGGAACUACUUUCUAGAAAAAAAAAAAGUACAGUCAUCUGAGUGCUAGGUGAGUUAUUCUGUGUGUGUUCUGCUGUACCAGUAAUUAAAAAAAGGUAGAGUGAUACAUCACUACCAUACAAUUUCAAAUGUAACUGACAAUAAAAUUUCUAAAAUGACAAAAA